GAGGAGGGGGCCGCGGGUUGGCGGGGACGCGCGUCAGUCAGCGCCGCGCGGGGCCCCGAGCGGUGGGGCGGCCCUCGGGGAGGGUGGCAGGUUCGGGGCCGCGCGGCGCGUGAACGCGCUGCCGCCUCCCCUCCGCCGCCUCAGGGCCGGUAGGUAGCCCGUGGGUCGCAGCGCCCCGGCCCUCGUGGGGGCGGCGGUGAGGCCCGGGCGGCCGCGGCCGGGGGUGGCCUCGGGGCGCCCGCCAUGAGCCAGGCGGAGCGCAAGGGCGGCGCCGCCCUGGAAGUCAAGUUCGUGCCCGACGAGGCUGUCCUGAGGCACAUCGCCGACGACGCAGGUAUUAAAGUACGAAAAGACAAAACUCCACUGACAGUCAAUGUGAAGAGAUUUGUGAAGAAGCUCGAUACUCUCUCAGAUGAUGAAGCUCAAGAGUUCCUGGAAGAGAAGGACUAUGUUGCUGCUCUAGGCAUAUGUGCUCAAGAUUUGAUGGAAAAUGGCUCAAGUGUAGGUGGUAGUGAAGUUUACUCAUUCCAAACUCCCAAACGCUCCAACAAAAUGGCAGAGCUGGCCUCUGAAUUAGCCCAGACGCCAGGACAGAGUGUUGCAUCUGAUCACUCUGAGUGCCCUGAGAAGAAAACCAAAACCCCUCAAAGCAGCAAACAUUCAAGUUCAAACAAAGUUCAGCAGAAGGGUAAAAAGAAUGAUUUUAUGUCUACCACACCUUACAGACUCCGCAAAAGGCUAGCAGCUCCAGAUGCUUGCUUAGAAAGUGAAAGUGAAUAUUCUGCUUCCUGCUCAGAGGAGGAGGACGAUGAAGAAAGCCAGAAAGAAGUCAGCACUGUUUUAUCAAGUCUAAAGACACCAGCAAAAGCUAAGGUUGCAUCUACACCUCCUUCCAGAAAAAAAGUAACCAAAAAAAAGGACAAGAUGAGCAACCUGGUGGAGGAAUACUUUGAAGCUCACAGUACUUCCAAAGUGCUCACUUCAGAUCGAACACUGCAGAAGUUACGGAAGAGAAGAUUGAAUCAGCAAACACUGCAUGACCUUCUGGAAAAGUCUCCCCUUGCCUAUGCUGCUGAAAUUGAAGAGCUAAACCAGCAAUAUGAGUCCCUGUUUUCCAAGUGGAUGUUGCAAUUACACUUGGGUUUCAACAUUGUGCUUUAUGGACUGGGCUCAAAGCAUAAUUUGUUAGAGAAGUUUCGCAUCUCUAUGCUCCAGGACACCGUUCACCUUGUAGUUAACGGAUACUUCCCUAGCAUCACUGUGAGAUCUAUUCUCACUUCCAUCACAGAGGAGGUACUGGACCAUAUAGGGACCUUUCGCAGCCCCCUUGACCAACUUGAAUUCAUCAUUAAAAGGUUUAAAGAAGAUUCAUCUUUGGAGCUCUAUGUCCUUAUUCAUAACCUGGACAGCCAGAUGUUGAGAGGAGAAAGAAGCCAGCAGAUCCUUGCACAGCUGUCCUCUCUGCCUAGUGUUUACCUCAUUGCCUCUAUUGAUCACAUCAAUGCUCCUCUCAUGUGGGAUCAAGCAAAGCAAAGCCUUUACAAUUGGCUUUGGUAUGAGACAACCACGUUUAGUCCUUACAUGGAAGAAACAUCUUAUGAAAAUUCACUGUUAGUACAGCAAUCGGGAUCUUUGGCUUUGAGUUCCCUAACGCAUGUCCUGCGCAGUCUCACACUGAAUGCCAGGGGGAUAUUCAGACUGCUUGCCCAGUACCAGCUGGAGAACAAGGACAACCCAUCUUACCCAGGCCUCUCUUUCCAAGACUUCUACCAGCAGUGUCGGGAGGCUUUCCUUGUAAACAGUGACCUGACACUCAGGGCCCAGUUGACAGAAUUCAGGGACCACAAGCUCAUCCGGACCAAACGGGAGUGUCCAUUGAUCCUAGAGGAGGCCUUAAAUGCCACUUACAAGCUCUCCAUCUUAGUAGCCCUUAGAGGUUGGGAGAAUGCUGAAGUUUUGCAGCUUUUCUUCAUUGUGUUUCUCAGGUGUUACCUGGUAUAUCCCUCACUGACAGAAGCCACAUGACAGAAGCCACAGGACAGAGGUUUACAUUCUGAGUUUGGUUUGUAUAGGAAAACACAGGAUAUCUACUUAUCCUACUGUCAAUUAGAUUCUUCAGUGUAGGAACUAUUUAACUUUGCUGGAGAGUCUGAUGGGGGAAAACUGGUACAUGCUAGCAGUACUCUCCACCUUCCUUCCACAGAACAUUUUCCAACUAACAUCCUCUUUUGGUAUUAUGUGCACCUGUGUUUUACAGGCUGCAAUUCCAAACUUAGCAAAACACAUCAGAUCCUGCCUGCUGCUGCUUAGGCUACCAUCAGAACCACUAAAACUGUGAUCAAGGCGUUGUGUCUUACCCAAGCUCUGUAAGUUAGCUUCAGAGCUCAUGAACAAGUGCUCUGAUUUAUUAGUUAACGGUUUUGGUGGAGUAUCAUGCAAGUGAUGCCCAUACAAGUCAAAAACAAGUGCAGGAAAUACCACCACAUAUCUUAUAAGAGGCUACCUUUGAAUCAAUUCUUGGCUGAUACUGUGAUGCAAGCAUGAAAGCUAAAGAAAAUUACUGUGAAUUAAUUCCUGUGUUUUUCUUGUUAAAGUAUUUCAGCCUGAUUUCAGACUGUCUGGAUGACUAUUCCACCUAUGCAUUGAUUUUCUCCCUCUUGCAUUCAGUGCAUAUACUAAGGAUACUGGCUCUUCGGUAUAGAUCUGGUGGCAUUUUUGUCUUCUGCAGCAAUUCUGGACUAUUGUAUUUGGAGGGAUCAGUUGUACAGUUCCCUCCUUUAUUUGGGGAAGAAGGAAUUUCUUUCCACUUCGACUCUCAGCUUACUCAAAGGUCUUCAUGGUAUUGAUAAGAAUGACUGUUUUUUUUAUAUACCU